AUGGGAGUCCACGCCUGCCAUCUUUCAGCAGGGAGAUCAGAGAAAGGGCAAGUUGAAGGAGGUUCCAACUCGUACGUUGAUGAGAACAAUCAAGGGAACGAAAAUGAUGGCGUAAAUUCAUCAUCAUCCUCAAAUUCGAAAAAUGAGAGCGACGUGCCAGUUGAGCUGCACUCUGAGUUCAUCGUAUGGUGGGAUGGGCCAGACGAUCCAGAUAAUCCCAUGAAUUGGUCGUCAACCCGGAAAUGGGUCAAUAUCUGUGUUAUUUCUGUGAUUAGUUUCAUAGUUCCGCUUGUCUCCUCCAUGAUGGCACCAGGCGUCCAGCUCGUAAUGGAAGACUUCAACACCAGUUCUCCCACAUUCGCAACAUUCGUCGUGUCUAUCUUCGUCCUCGGCUUCGCAUGCGGGCCACUCAUCCUCGCCCCCCUGAGCGAGCUGUACGGCCGCGUGAUCAUCUACAAUACCACUAAUUUGCUCUUCCUCGCCUUCACCAUUCUCUGCGCCGUUUCACAAAACCCAUCUAUGCUCCUGGCAUUCCGUUUUUUAUCAGGGUUUGCGGGUGUGGCUACCAUCACGAUUGGGUCGGGGACUAUUGCGGAUAUCAUGCCGAGAGAAAAGAGGGGGAAAGCUGUAUCGAUUUGGUCUGUGGGACCGAUUCUGGGACCGAUGGUUGGGCCCAUUAUUGGGGGGAAUGUGGCCGAGGUUGCUGGUUGGCGAUGGAUGUUUUGGGCUAUUUCUAUUCUUAUUGCUGUAAUAACCCUUGUCGCAUUCCUCGUCCUCAAAGAAACCUACCCUGUGGUAUUACUCGAGAGAAAAGCAUUCAAACUCCGAAAAGCCACUGGAAACUCAAACCACAAAUCCAAGCUCGCCUCCGACCUCACCCCCAAGAAACUCUUCAAACACAGCAUCAUCCGCCCCCUAAAAAUGCUCAUCCUCUGUCCCAUCGUCACAGUAAUGUGCAUCUAUGUCGCCAUCCUCUACGGCAUCCUCUACCUCCUAUUCGCGACCUACUCCUUUGUCUUCCGCCAAGUCUACGACUUCACAACUGCAUCAACCGGCCUCGUCUUCCUCGCCGGUGGGCUUGGCACCUUGGUGGGCCUCUUCUAUGUCGGAUACUUCAGCGACAGAACUCUCGUCAAGCGGGCAGCCUCUGGAAAGAUAAUCACCCCUGAAGACCGCCUCCCCUUCAUCAUCACAAUCCCAGGCUCCCUCACCUUCCCCAUCGGCCUAUUCAUUUACGGUUGGACGGCACAGGAACACGUCCACUGGAUCAUCCCACAGAUUGGAACUGCAAUCACAGGGUUCGGAUCUAUCUUAGUCUUUGUAGGCAUCCAGACGUACCUCGUUGAUGCAUUCGAAGAGUACGCCGCUAGUGUGAUUGGUGCAAAUGCCGUGCUGAGAGGGACCGCGGGCGCGCUGAUUCCACUUGCAGGGCUACGUAUGUAUGAUGGCCUUGGAUGGGGGUGGGGGAAUAGUUUACUUGCAUUUGUGGCACUGGCGUUUGCGCCGAUGCCGUGGGUGUUUGGGGUGUAUGGGGCGAGAAUAAGGGGUUGGAAGGGGAGUAAGGUUAAAUUAUGA